AUGAUCGUGAAAAAUAGGCCAUUUUUCAGGUUCGUGACGUUUGGCAGGCUGCAUAGUGCCAGCGAGGCAGUGAAAGAUUCAUUCGAUGUAACGAAAAGGGUCUGCAAGAUCAUGAUGUCUUGCCCCAAACUAGGCCUCGACACGGUUCUUGAUCAAAGCGGCAUUCGUGUCUCCGAAGACGUGGCCGAGAAGGUCCUUGAGCGGUUCGAGAAUGCUGGGAUGCUAGCUCACCGGUUCUUCGAGUGGGCCGGGAAGCAGAGACACUACGAGCACAGUGUUCGAGCCUACCACAUUAUGAUUGAGUCGAUGGCGAAGAUAAGGCAGUACGAGAUCAUGUGGGAUCUCAUGAACGCCAUGAGGGGCAAAGAGAUGCUGAAUAUCGAGACUUUCUGCAUCAUCAUGAGGAAGUAUGCGCGGGCACAGAAGGUAGAUGAGGCCGUCUACACGUUCAACAUCAUGAACAAGUACAACGUUCCUCCCAAUCUGGCUGCGUUCAAUGGCUUGCUGAGUGCUCUGUGCAAGUCUAAGAAUGUGAGGAAAGCUCAGGAGAUUUUUGAUGCAAUGAAGAAUGAUCAAUUUUGUCCUGAUCCAAAGAGUUACAGCAUUUUGAUUGAAGGAUAG